ACCGGAUGCCCGGCAUGAACCACCAGGCGCCUAGCGGGGGUGAUCGGUCAGAGCGCCCGGCUUGGCGCCUGCCUGUCCCCAGCCCCUCUCAGCUUGAACUCCUUCCUUCACGUCUGGGCCCUUGAGGCUUCCAGAGCGGCCUCCAGGGGUGCAGUCUCAGUUCCCCACGCCAGCCGUUUCCGUCCUUCGCCUCCUCCGGGCCUGGCAGGUGGCACUGUCCGGAGGCGGAGCCUUGGGCGAGGGGUGGUUGCGACGGAGAACGGAACACAGCGGGACUGCGGCCUCACCAUGGACCCGGAAUGCUCCCAGCUGCUCCCAGCUCUCUGUUCUGUUCUGGUAGAUCCCAGGCAGCCGGUGGCAGAUGACACCUGUUUGGAGAAGCUGCUGGACUGGUUUAAAACGGUCACUGAAGGAGAGUCCAGUCUUGUGCUGCUGCAGGAGCACCCUUGCCUGGUGGAGCUGCUAUCCCAUGUGCUGAAAGUCCAGGACCUGAGUCCCGGGGUUCUCUCCUUCUCACUCCGCCUGGCAGGAACCUUCGCAGCCCAGGAAAACUGCUUCCAAUAUCUUCAGCAGGGAGAGUUGCUACCAGGGCUCUUUGGGGAGGCAGGACCCCUCGGCCGAGCAGCCUGGGCCGUCCCCACCGUGCGCAGCGGCUGGAUCCAGGGCCUGCGCUCCCUGGCACAGCACCCCAGCGCCCUGCGCUUCCUGGCCGACCAUGGUGCAGUUGACACCAUCUUCUCCCUGCAGGGAGACUCCAGCCUGUUUGUGGCCUCGGCGGCCAGUCAGCUCCUGGUGCACGUCCUGGCUUUGUCCAUGCGAGGUGGAGCCGAGGGGCAACCCUGCCUGCCGGGGGGUGACUGGCCCGCGUGUGCCCAGAAGAUCAUGGAUCACGUUGAAGAGUCCUUGUGCUCCACGGCCACCCCCAAGGUCACUCAGGCCCUGAACGUCCUGACCACGACCUUCGGGCGCUGCCAGAGCCCCUGGACGGAAGCCCUGUGGGUGCGGCUGAGUCCCCGCGUGGCCUGUCUGCUGGAGAGAGACCCCAUCCCCGCCGCGCACUCGUUCGUGGACCUGCUUCUCUGUGUGGCUCGUUCUCCUGUGUUCAGUUCUUCCGAUGGCGGCCUGUGGGAGACGGUGGCGCAGGCUCUGAGCUGCCUGGGCCCCACCCACGUGGGACCCCUGGCUUUGGGGAUCCUGAAGCUCGAGCACUGUCCACAGGCACUAAGGACCCAGGCCUUCCAGGUCCUUCUCCAGCCCCUGGCCUGUGUCCUGAAGGCCACGGUUCAGGCCCCUGGACCCCCAGGCUUGCUGGAUGGGACGGCAGACGAUGCCACGACGGUGGACGCGCUUCUGGCCUCCAAGUCGUCCUGCGCGGGCCUCCUGUGCCGCACCCUGGCUCACCUGGAGGAGCUGCAGCCGCUGCCCCAGCGCCCUUCACCGUGGCCCCAGGCGUCCCUACUGGGGGCUACAGUGACUGUCCUGCGGCUCUGUGACGGCUUGGCUGCCCCCGCCUCCAGUGUGGGGGGCCACCUCUGUGGGACCCUGGCGGGCUGCGUCCGGGUCCAGCGAGCAGCCCUCGACUUCCUGGGGACGCUGUCACAGGGCACAGGUCCCCAGGAGCUGGUGACGCAGGCGCUUGCUGUCCUCCUGGAGUGCCUCGAGAGCCCCGGCUCCAGCCCCACGGCCUCUGGGGAUGGGGCCUUCACACAGGGCCACAGAGUUGCUGCUCAGAGAGCUUCACGACGCAGGUGGCUGCGUGGGUCGGGCCCGGGGCCUCUUGUUGGUGAGAUACAUCAGCACGCAGAGGUCCUGAAGAAGGCCUUCCAGGCCACGCUCAGGUGGCUGCUGAGCUCACCCAAGAACCCCGGCUGCUCUGAUCUCAGCCCCCUCAUCCCGCAGUUCCUCAGAGAGCUGUUCCCUGUGCUGCAGAAACGCCUGUGCCACCCCUGCUGGGAGGUGAGGGACUCCGCCCUCGAGUUCCUGACCCAGCUGAGCAGGCACUGGGGAGGACAGGCCGACUUCAGAUGUGCACUCUUGGCUUCAGAGGUGCCUGAGCUGGCCCGGCAGCUCCUCCAGGACCCUGAGAGUUAUGUCCGAGCGAGCGCGGUGACCGCCAUGGGGCAGCUGUCCAGCCAGGGCCUGCAUGCCCCCAUCAGCCCUGAGCAUGCAGAGGCCCAGCAGAGCCUGUUUCUGGAGCUGCUGCACAUCCUCUCCGUAGACUCGGAGGGCUUCCCACGGCGGGCGGUCAUGCAGGUCUUCACCGAGUGGCUGCGGGACGGCCAUGCCGACGCGGCCCAGGACACGGAGCAGUUCGUGGCCACUGUGCUGCAGGUGGCGAGCCGGGACCUGGACUGGGAGGUCCGUGCCCAGGGCCUGGAGCUGGCAUUGGUGUUCCUGGGCCAGACGUUGGGGCUGCCGCGUACCCACUGCCCCUAUGCCGUGGCCCUGCCCGAGGUGGCCCCAGCCCGGCCACUCGGCGAGGCACUGAGGGCUCUCUGCCACGUGGGGCUCUUUGACUUCGCCUUUUGUGCCUUGUUUGACUGCGACCGCCCUGUGGCGCAGAAGUCUUGUGACCUCCUUCUCUUCCUGAGGGACAAGAUUGCUUCCUACAGCAGCCUGUGGGAGGCCGGGGGCGGCCCCAACACCACCUCCACGGAGGCCACCCUGCCGGGGUGGCGGGCGGGUGAGCAGGCCCAGCCCCUGGGGGACCAGGAGCCUGAGGCUGUGCUGGCCAUGCUGAGGUCCCUAGACCUGGAAGGCCUGCGGAGCACGCUGGCCAAGAGCAGCGACCACGUGGAGAAGAGUCCCCAGUCCCUCCUGCAGGACGUGCUGGCCACGGGAGGCUUCCUGCAGGGGGACGAGGCCGACUGCUACUGAGCAGAACCAGAGUCUGCCUCGGGCUCAGGACCGAGGGAGGCAGCACCAUGUCCUUCUGUGGGACGCUGCCAGCCCCAGGGCUCCAGCCCAGCCCGGCAGAUCAUCUGGGGAAGCCAGGACCAGGAGAGAAGCAAGGCCAAGAAAUCCCACAUUUUGAUGUAUUAAAGAAAUGACUUAUUUUUACUCAAAAUGAAUGGCAUUGAAGUCUUU